AAAGCAUCGAUGAGGUCGAGAGAGAUGAAAAUAAAAAUGCCUCAUCACUGCCGAUCGGUAUCAUAGUAGCUGCAGCGGCUGCUGUCUUGGUCCUUAAUGUAGCUACCACAGUCAUCGUGAUUUUUAUCAUUCGUAGGAAAAGCAAGUAUUUUCUUUCACUCUGGUCAAACAAUUAUUGUGUGUCCUUUUCAACUGACAUCUUAAAACUGUGUAAGAGAUAUUUAGUAGACAACCAAUACAAAUAAUGCUUGUGGCACCGAAUGCAUGUAAAUCGAAUAAGGACAGCUCCUUUAACCGGCUAUUCGCGGUUUGCUAGUCGAGACCUAAACGCGUUUAGGGUCUAUAGGGAUUACACGUGCACUGAGUUGUAGUCGGGCUCCAUUAGCUUUUUGCUACUGGCAGCGGGGACAACUGCUUAUAUUUUUUAGAAGCGGCGAAAAUCCGAUGGCGUUUCAGUGAAGAUAAAGAAGGCUAACUGCUUCUUCUCACAGCCUCGUUCUUCUUUCCGAGUUGUCACCUAACUAGUUAGAGAGUCAAUGUCUAAAGGUUAGAUAUUUGACCCUAAUGUAGUCGAGAUGCGAAUGACUCGAAUGUGAGGCAGUGACCUUUGGCCUUUGUGUGAUUGAGUGGCUGGUAGUGACGUGUAAUACUGGGUGGGAUGAGAGUUACCUCUGAAACUCUGCAUGACUAACCCUUCACGUUCCAUCCUCUUAUACAUCGUACCCGUAUUCCGAAACUUUUUAGAAGAUAUCCUCUUCUGUUGCUGUGAGCCCCUCCUCUCCCCGAACCGUCUCCCCCUCCCUCUCGAAAAAACCACAGGUCGCCGGACAUCCGUUACAGAUCCAUUGACCACCGAAGUCGAAAAUGCUCAAAAGCAACUUCAUGAAUGUUUCAACAUUGAUAGAGGAGAUCUCCAUUGAACACCAGAUUUUAUGUGGGUGUCACAGUGACACUGUGAAUCAACUAAAAAGAAAUGAAAUUUGGAUUGCCAUUGCGGGAAAGGUGAGUGCCUGUGGGGUGGUACUGAGAACUGCCCAAGAAUGUCACGAUAACUGGUGAAGCAUGACAGGUAAAUAUAGACAAUUAUAAUCUGUGUUUAGUCGAUAUUUGUGUUCAAUUGGUUACAUAAGUCCACUGAUAACCCAUAUAUGCUUUAUUAUUAGAGACAAAACAACUUAAUGAUUAAAAGUGAGAGUUGUACUGGGAUUUGAAAAGUGUAGACUUAUAGUACAUAUUAAAACCAUUACAUUUACUUGUGUCGUAAUUCAUGCACGUAGUUCAUAUUUGUCAGGAUGUUAUUAUUUUGUGACGCUAUUGUUCUUUGUAGACAUGUAUUUGACUGUUGGUUUGUUGUUUUGUUUUGUAAGCAAGCAGCAUAGGAAGCGGUGAUAAGCGGAGCCUGCAAAGCGGCAGUUACACCCUCACAAAAAGAUACUGAGGAAGUAAAGAUGUGAACAUCGGUUACUGUCAGCAUGUAGUAUGUACCCCUCCCCAUCCCCAACAAAGCUGAGCAUCUUUCUACACCCCUGCAAUCCCUUGGAUGUCACACACUGAGAACAGACCCACAACAUAGACAGUAACCUUUACAAGUUCCAUUAUUAUUUGGACUGACUUAUUAAUCUCUUCUAAUGAGCAUUAUUAUUGUUAAUAUUUAAAAGAAGUUGUCCUGAACAAGCAGCGAGGUAACAAGAAAACUUGAAGAAGGCCAUCACUACCACCUGUACCAUAUGAAGAUUCCAUCCAGGGGAUAAUUGGUGACAAUACCGUCUUGAUUAUUGUAAUAACUGAUGCUCAGACAGGCCAUGCAGAGUGAUUUGAUGGAUCAAGACAUCAUGCUAAUUCCUGCCCUCAGCUGCCAGUAGUUACUUUGCCACCUCUACCAGGGAUACUACUUACAACGAACCAUUAAUCAUGAAUGAUAAUUAAGUUUAUAAGUUUUAUAACUUUAUAAUAAAGAUGUGUUUGAAAAGAAAGUUAUGUGAAUGACUAUAAUAUUACACUAAUAAUAAAUACAAGAUAAGCAAAACAUUAAAAAUUGGAGGAGACGAUUCAAACUUUAAUGGAAAAACAUAAACACUAAGCAACUAAAAUGGGAGGAGCUAAGGCUCAGACCAGGACACAGUGUGCUGUUGCCGAAUGUUAUCUUCGAUACUCGUAUUUACUAGUUUGUAGUUAUCUAGGAAAUUCUCUACAUAAUGGCCAAACACGCCAGUACUUGCAAGUCUUGGACUCUCAGUAAAACGAAAAGAUGUUCUUCCUACAGAUUUCCAACUAUACAAAAUCACGAGAUGUUAAAACCGACUACUACUGCUGGUAAAAAGUGUAAACAAAGAUCAAGUACCAGAUAUGCAACAUCACCACCAUUCUAGUCUACAACUAACAUCGCUACACACUCACAAACCCAUUAUCAGUCAUAUUCUAAUCCAACUCAAUGUGAAGGAACCAUUUAUGUGUGUCCUCGAUAAAAGCUUAAACAGAAUUUAGGGGGAGAUUAGUAUGAGAAGCUUAAUAUUAAAUUUUGCAUGCAGCUAAACAAGGAAGAAAUACUUUUUGACACUGAUAAAUAAUUAUUAACUGUGUAUUAUGUUAGAUUUUACAUGCUAAAAAAGCCAUUAUCAAGAAUCUGUUGUAACCAUUCCAUAAAAAUACAUUACUGGAACUUAACCAUCUAUUACAUUUUAAACAUGUUUAUAUUUUAUUAAUAAUAUUACGUAUUGAAAAUUAACUUAAAUGUCCCCACUAAUCUCUGAUUCUUCUGUAUAUAUCAGAAUUAUUUUUUUAUAUCCCCCAGUGUUAGCUUGUAAUUACUCAGAGAAAGAAAGAAGUAUUUCUCUUUAUAAGUAGAAAGCAAAAAUACCAUCUCCUUGCCCUAUCGCUUGUGCUUGUCACAGGGGUUACGUGCAAGUGAUGGCGUGUAUGACAGAUAAACAUAGGAAAGACACUGACAGCAUGAUAGACCUGUCUCUAGGUUACACUAUUCAAGAAAGUCCAGCAGCACACUGAAAUAAUGCAUUUAUUUAAAAUCACAGACACAGACAUGCUAAGCACAAUGUAUAUUGGACUACACAUCAAAGCACAUAACAGUUUAUGAUGAGACUACAUACAUUAUGUGGCGACGAGUAGUGUGUACAAACCCUCAACAUCUUAGUGUUGGCCGAUUUCCUGAGGAUUGAAGUGAGAAUUUCCCAUGUGGCUAGGCGCAGCUCGUGGUGCAUCCGGACUGGAGUUGGUGAGCUGUCUGUGCGCCAUGACAUAAAAGAAGACUAAAAAUAAGGAUCAAGGAGCAUUAAAUAAAAAUUAAAUCAGGUUUUGUGGUUUUUCAAGGUACAGAACAUACAGUAAAGUUCUUUACAAUUCAUAUUUCCUAUUAUUCUGUUUUGUGGCUAUGAAAACAUUAAAUCUCUUUAAAAAUUUCAGCACCAAUUAAAAAGUAUGUUUUAUACCGUGCUUAAAUUAUGUACAAGAACAGAUGUCAAAAAUUGUUUAGUGAAAUCUCUCACACGCUUAUUACAAUAACACUAUUCUUCUAUAUCAUAGAGACAGCACCAAAAUAGCUUGUGAUCGUCAUCUAGAAGAGUCGAAUAGGAAGCUGUGAGUGAGAAGCACUUGAGUGACUCAGUGACUCAGCAUGUGUAUCAUGUCACGUGUUUCCAUAUAAAGCCGUGUCGAUGUUAACAGCCAUGCAUUCGAAAUUUUAGCUCACUUUUGAAAUGUGUGAGCUCCAAAACGACCUGGCAAUGUAGACCUGCACUAAGACAGUCCAAUUUUUGUGUGUAUGUUAUAGUGUUUCAGCGACUUACACUAACAACAUGUUUCCUGGGAGAACCACGCCUGCUCUUCUUGUUUUCUUUGCUCCUUUGGGGCUUUCUCUGACGUGUUUAAAUACGACUAAUACAGCAGAAUGGUCUGUAAGUAUAACUUGCUGGAACACGUCGACAGCCUCACCAACAAGAUGUCACUGGGAUGUUGUCAGUGCAAAGACACGUAAGCGUGUUGAAAAUCAUUUUACUUCGCCCGUUGAUCAGUCGUAUUUCUACUGUGCUGAAACAUUCCGGUUACCGUUGUCAGCCGGAGAGUACACCUACUUCAUCUUAUUAGUCCCAAACAGCUGGAUGGUUGCCCUUAAGCUACAAAUUGUCGACCCAGGGAAGCCAACUUUGGAGAAUUGUAAGCGUGAAGCGCGUGAAGGGGACAAAGUUAGGUGCGUAUGUUCAACACAAAAUGAAGGCAGCCCCCCGCCAGCCAUUUCAUGGAAAGGGCAGGGAAACUCUCCAAUGCUUCUCCUGAAUACUGUCAGACGUGAACACAGCAAGACCUACACAUGUGAAAUGAUUUGGGGCAACCGAACAAAAACGGUCUCCUACGAUCUCAGUGUGCUAACGGACUCAUCUGUUUCCGUCCGUCUUACGACAACCGAAGGCAUCGAUGAGGUCGAAAACGAGGAAAAUAAUAUUGCCUCAUCACUACCGACCGAAGUCAUAGUAGCUGCAGCGGCUGCUGUUCUGGUCCUCAUUGUAGCUACCACAGUCAUCGUCAUUAUUAUCAUUCGUAGGAAAAGAAAUCUGUCUGAAAGGACAGGAUCGAGUUCUGGACACAGUAAGGUUGAGCUCAUUGACAUGAGUAACGACGGUAGGACGGAAUCCAACAUGGUGUGCGAUAAUUAUGCUGAAGUGAUGAACUCAGUAAGAGAUGAAGAAAAGUCAACAGAGCAUGUCGUCUAUGCAAAUACAGGGACAAACGAAGGGAGACAAACUGUAGAGGCCGCUCUGUACGGGAACGUGGAGAUAAGCCAGGGAAGGGAAACAACUCAGGUUGACGUCUAUGCUGUUGUCGAGAAGAACAAAGAGAGACAAUCUGUGCAGCCUGAGUUGUAUACUUUGGUAGAUAAACAGCAUCUGAAGGGAGACAGUUCUAGAUUUCAGUGUGAGAGGGAAUCCACCAGCCAGGGAGACGUCUACGCUGUCGUCAACAAGGGAGCUAACUCUAGCAGUCAUGCUUUGUCUGCUCCUGCAGAAGAAAUGUACGCCCAGGUGGUGAAAUCACCCAAAUAGUGGCUCAGCAUCACCAUAUCAGUUUUGUUAAUAUAUUCUUACAUGUAAAGUUGUAUAUAUAUAAACACGCCCCAAAUACUUUUAUAACAUUUCUAAGUAACUAGUCCUUUGGAAAAGAAAAAAAAUCCACAUAAAAUAAAAUAUACACAAAGAAUUGUAAAACACAAAUGAAGUUUUACAUUUUGCAAGCAAUCUUGUUAAAGCUGUUGUUAGAGUUUUUGUUUAAAUUUGAGCUUCGAGAAGAUUUAUCUAUUUACUACUAUUUAUUCAAUGUAUAUGAUUUAACUACAGUGUGUGUUGUCUGAAUAUCGCAUGAUUAUUUUAGAGAUAGUUGUUGAGAGAACACAUAGACCAACAAUUUCUCUCAAGCUAGUGAUGAAGUAAAAAAAUUAGCACUAAUAAUGCAUUUAUUAUAUAUACAUUCAGGAAGAGGAACACUUUUGAAACUCAUUUCAAUAGCACAAUUAUACUUUGUAUUUUGCUGGCUAUGUUUGCUCAGUAUAAAUGUGUUGAAUAAAAUGAGUUAAAUGAUUAUACUA